GACAUGACACGUUUCAAUUACCGACUAACCCUCCAUGGGAUUCUAGUGUCAGCCUCUACCGGCAAAUCCCCGGAGCGACGCAGCAUCUCGGCAUUCAAGUGCCCACCCUUCCUCUCUUUCUUCGCUGCCGUUUUCCGCGUGACACCCACGUAGACCGAGCUCGGUCCAGCCCGGCCCCAAUCCUUCGAAUCCAAGGCCCCCGCUAAACCCUAACCCUAGCUACGGACAGGGGUGCGCUCGCUCGCUCGACCUCUCCAAAGCGCUUGCACCUCGGUCUCAUCGAAAUCGAUUCUUUAAAUCCCCUCUGUUGUUCCUUCCCUUGCUUUGAGACCUCGGGGGUUCGAGAGAGCUGGGCAUCGAUAGCAACGAGGAAGGGAGGGCGUUCUCUCUUAUUUCUGAGCCAGAUCGGAGGAGAGGACCCCGUUUGGGAGCGGCUUCGUUGGAGAGUUUUGCAGUCAGAACCUUUCUGAUAGAAGAUGGCAACAAUGACAGCUGGAGGUCUGCAGAUGGCAGCAAUGAGGCCCUGCACCUCUUCUUCUCGUAGAUUGUUCUUGUCAAGUGCAGCAAUUUUAGGGGUGGAUCUAAAGGGAGCAAGCCAAGCUAAAUUUGCAAGCUCUUCUUAUAUCUCCUCUGUUAAACCUCUUUGCAAAACCUUCGUGUCUGCUCCUUUGAAGUUUACUAAUGUCAUUACGAGGGCCAUGUCCGGUGAAAGUGAGAAAGGGGUUGCUUCAGGAUUGCCUAUUGAUCUGAGAGGUAAAAGGGCAUUUAUUGCUGGUGUAGCUGAUGAUAAUGGCUAUGGUUGGGCAAUUGCUAAGGCUCUUGCUGCUGCCGGUGCAGAAAUUCUCGUUGGUACAUGGGUGCCUGCACUUAACAUUUUUGAGACUAGCUUAAGACGUGGCAAAUUCGAUGAGUCACGCCGGUUGCCCAAUGGUUCUCUUAUGGAGAUCAUCAAAGUAUACCCAUUGGAUGCUGUUUAUGAUACUCCUGAGGAUGUUCCUGAUGAUGUUAGAACAAACAAACGUUAUUCAAGUGCCUCAAAUUGGACUGUGAAGGAAGCAGCUGAAUCUGUCAAGAAUGAUUUUGGAAGCAUAGACAUUCUUGUGCAUUCACUAGCAAAUGGACCAGAGGUCACCAAGCCUCUCUUGGAGACAUCUAGAAAGGGAUACCUUGCUGCUAUAUCUGCAUCAAGUUAUUCUUUUGUAUCACUGCUUAAGCACUUCCUUCCAAUUAUGAAUCCAGGUGGUGCUUCAAUCUCCUUAACAUACAUUGCUUCUGAAAGGACCAUUCCUGGGUAUGGUGGAGGCAUGAGUUCAGCAAAAGCAGCACUAGAGAGUGAUACCAGAGUGCUAGCUUUUGAAGCGGGGAGGAAGUGCAAGAUUAGAGUGAAUACAAUAUCUGCAGGUCCCUUGGGAAGCCGUGCUGCAAAAGCCAUUGGGUUCAUCGAGAAGAUGAUAGAAUAUUCUUACACCAAUGCACCAUUGCAGAAAGAAUUGUCAGCAGAUGAAGUUGGCAAUGCAGCAGCAUUCCUGGUAUCUCCUUUAGCUUCAGCAAUAACUGGCUCGGUGGUUUAUGUUGACAAUGGAUUAAACACCAUGGGACUUGCCACAGACAGCCCAACACUAGCAGUGUAGAUGGCAGGGGCAUAUUGAUCAGGUGCUUAAAUUGGUGCUGAGGUUCCAUUUUAGUUCCUGUCCGGAGGCUGUCCGCAAUGAAUAAAGAGUUGGGUUUUGAUUUUUGUCUUACUAAGAUGACAAGUACUUACAUUCUUCAGAUGAACAGGAUUCCAAAAACAAGUUUUUGUCAGUAGCUUCGUAUGAGAAGGUAGUGUAGGAGAGGAGUCAUGGCAAGUGCUGUGUUUGGUUGCUUCUUUUGGCUAUUAUUUUGAGUACUCCCAAAAUCAAGCUAUACUUCUAAACAGUCAUGUUUCUUGUGUUCUUAGAAUCUUCAAUCUUCAUUGAAUAUCUUCAGCUUGUCCAUGUAGCAAUGAGGUGGGUGAUAGAUGCUAUCAUUAGGUUCUUAGAAAAGCACAUUGUUUUUGUUUGCUAAUGUGUUUUUGAGCGGUAUCCAGGAUUUGAACCCUGGAUCUCUAGUCAACUGUGCUGAAAGUUGUUGGCCUGUUUGCUAAAGUUGUUAAAGCCAUGUAACUAAUCAACUAUGAGAUGCUCUCUAUGGUUAACCGAUGGCAAGCUCAAAUAUCUUAUUGUUGUGGAGCCAA